AUGUCACGACCCGGCAAUACUCUGCGGACACCUCAACAACCUUCGUCUCGCUAUCGCUCCCGGCCACCGCAUCCUCCACUAUCCUCUGGAUUAGCUGGUGCUCGCCGGGCGUCGAUGACAGGCCUCGCACCUGCUGCAGGUCAGAAGGCACAGCGCACGUCCAAGACAACUCAAAAGCUUGUCCUUCUCCCUUCCGCUCCCCAGACCAAGCCACUGCCAGAGGAUCUCGAGGAUGACCGUUUACUCGGGUAUGAAACGGACGCUGGACGGGUCCGGGAGUACAAGAGCCCCGCAGAACGCAUGAAUAGAGAGCAGAGAGAGCGGGCAGGCUAUAAGCGCAUUACCGUGUAUUGUGUGUGCGAGGCUAUGAAGAUGAAACUACUAGCCCAGUUCCUCAAGAGGGAACAUAAUGUCCAGCCAAGGGUAUUCGAUGAAGCCAUGUACGUGAUGUACCAUUUACCACUCUUGCCUGGGUACGGGCCUAAUUUGAACAUUCGCUCUUCCGUACCUCCGAGCACACCUGGAACCAAGGCUCUCCUUACCCGACUGUACGAGGCGGAGGAGAACGGGUACCAGGGAUCUUAUUUCGCGCAACCUACAGAACCACCCGAAGCAGAUGGGUACAUGACCUCAGCCUCUGUGGAGCGCUCCGAACAUGUUCCUGAACCGCCGCACGAGUCCGAGGUAGAUGCAGAAACAUAUACCGAAGGAGACGUCGACGACCACAACUUGCGAGGCGAACAGUCUGAGGAAACUAUACAUGUAGAACAUAUCCCGGAGGAGAAUGUCGCCGAGAUCGUGUUCUUUGCGUACGGCGUCGCUGUCUUCUACGGGUUCGGCGAAUCUCAGGAACGAAGCAUCCUCGAAGACGUUGCUAAUGCGGGAAUACUCAAACGACAACUCAAGGAAGCGGAUUGGGAGAUCGAAGAAUGUCAUUUCACUCACGACCCAUCGAUAGCGUACCCGCGCAUUUAUAAUGAUUUCUUCACAUUUAAAUCACCGUCUCACCUUUUAAAGCUCUCCGUAGCUCAUGCACUUGCUCAAUCCACCCUUCUUGCGGCAUAUGAAGCAACUGCACAACGGGUACUCUCUGAUCCCCGUACAGUUGCCAUUCCAAAGCAACUUGCCUUCUCAGGGAAGCUCCAACUGAAGCGCCGAGACGCACUCCGCCUAACAGGCCGUCUCUUCAAGCUACGGCGAGACAUCAAUUUGGUAUCAAAUGUCUUGGAUGUGCCAGAGUUGUUCUGGAGCGAGGCGAGCCUGAAGGAGUUGUAUGGUGCGGUGAGGGAGUACAUGGAGAUCGAUGAGCGGGUGAAGGUGUUGAAUGAAAAACUGGGCAUUGCAAGUGGCUUCUUGGAUGCCAUCCAUGAUCACUUGAACAAUAACGCAAUGGAGAGAAUCACUUGGAUUGUAAUAUGGCUCAUCAUUCUGGUCAUAUUUGUCGAAGUGGGUGAAGUCUUCGCUCGCCUGGUGGUACAUACACCAGCUACCAGCGAAGGUGCAGGUAAGAUGGCGAUGCGCGUUGGACCUGCAUUCUGGAUCCGCACAUUAUUGAAGGGCUAG